CUGUGUCAUUAUUAAAGGUAUUGAAGAGUACUGAUCCCAGUAGGGAUCCCCGAGGGACACCACUUGUUGAUGAUCCCCAUUUGGACACCAAGCCAUUGACUGUAACUGGAUCCCAUCCAGCCACUUCGUUAUCCAUUGAACAGUCCAUCCAUCAAAUCAAUCUCUCUCCAAAUUAGUGGUAAGAAUGUUGUAUGGGACCAUGUCAAAGUCAUUACAGAAGUCUAGGUAGCUGACAAGUACCUUGCUUCUGGUAAAGUUCAAAUGGCUCGUCCUGCCCUGCGAUUCCCAAGGACAUCAGAGGUCAUACCAGCAUUUCAGUUUGUGCCUGGCAGGAUCCCACUUGCCUGGAGGCUCCCUGCAGGCAGAGGUCCAGCCUCACUGGCUCUGGGCUCUUUCCUGCCGCUGGGAAAUGUCAGAGGAUCAGCCCACAGCGGGGAAGGAGUUAAGUGCUUGACCAGCUGCUGUCUGUGAGGCACAGAAUUCCUUCUCCGUGCAAUGCAGCAGCCAGUGUCAGGACAGCUAUAUUUAGAGAGCUGAUAAAGGUUUGGUGCCAACAGUUGUCCUGCCCCUUGAUGAAGAAGCUGCAGAGAGAGCAAGAGAGGGCAGCUGAUUGCUUUCUUCCCAGUGCCAUUCCCUGCUGUCUUCAGUGGACUCUUUUGCCGUGCCUCCAGCAGGGACCCCCAGUGGAGUCAUCCAGGCACAGGGGCGGAUCCUCCGGCAGCCGCCAUGGCCAGCGGCAGGGACUCGGACAGCGAGCCGGCGGUGCCGGAGGAGGAGGGCCCGGACGUGAAGGCCGUGCAGGCCCAUUACCUGCGCAGCCCCUCGCCCAGCCGGUAUUCCAUGAUAUCAGACACUGAUACAGAGAGCAUCUUCAUGGAGCCAAUCCAUCUGUCAUCUGCUGUGGCUGCCAAGCAAAUAAUCAAUGAAGAACUGAAGACAAAGGAGGUCAGGGUAGAUUCAGUGUGUCCCAGGAUGUUGGAGUCUGCGCAGCAGCUGAUGGUGGAAGACCUGUACAACCGAGUUAAGGAAAAGAUUGAUGACACCAGCUUGUUUAACACGCCGUGUGUGAUGGACUUGCAGAGGGCACUCGUGAAGGACAGGCUGGAGACCCCCAGGGAUGCUGUGGAUGAAGUCUGGCCUAAUGUCUUCAUAGCAGAAAAAAGCGUCGCAGUGAACAAAAGCCGUUUGAAGAGACUGGGCAUCACACACGUCUUGAAUGCAGCUCAUGGUACAGGGGUCUACACAGGAGCAAGCUUCUACAGCGGUCUCAAUAUCCAGUACCUGGGCAUUGAGGUGGAUGAUUUCCCAGAUAUGGACAUCUCCAAACACUUCCGCCCGGCUGCGGAGUUCCUUGACGAAGCACUGCUGACUUACAGGGGCAGAGUCCUGGUCAGCAGUGAGAUGGGCGUCAGUCGCUCCGCCGUGCUGGUGGCUGCCUACCUGAUGAUCUACCACCACAUGACCAUUCUGGAGGCUCUGAUGACCCUGAGGAAGAAACGAGCCAUUUACCCCAACGACGGCUUCCUGAAACAGCUGCGGGAGCUCAACGAGCAGCUGCUGGAGGAGCGGGAGCUGGAGCACUCUGGAGACGAAGAAGUGACUCCUAGUCAAAGUCCUGUGGCCCGUGCAGGGACUUCUUCCCGUUUGUCUGGAGCUGGGGACGCAGAGAGCGUCGUGGGAGCCCGAGCCCACUCCAUCACAGUGGAAGAGGAGGACACGAGCAGCAUGCUGGGUAGUUUUAUGAGCUCUUCGUCAGUGUCAAAAACCAGCUGGGUUUCCAAACGCUCCACCCUGAUCAGCGAGGAGGAAGAGGAACAGUUGUAUGAGGAAUGGAGGAAGAAACAAGGCCUGUCUGCAAAGGAACCAGGAGUUAACCAUGAAAGAAGAGCACCUCCAAAGCAUCUGGAUCGGGAAGAGGAACAAUCUGAUGAGGAUGUGGAACAGAGGAUCCAUGACUGGCAGCGCAGAAAUGAGAAAUACCAAAUGGAGGGUGCAGCCAGGGAGGAGGAUGGUGAUUCCAGCAUGGGAGGAAGACCUUACCCACCAGGUGAAUUCAGUGAUGUUGAGAGUGUGAGCAGUUUUGAGAUCCGAACCCUGAAAAAGCAGCUGGAAGCCAGUAGCUUUAGCAGGAUGAGGAGGAGUCGCACAGACUCUGUGUCUUCUGAGAGCACUUGGGACAUGUGGAAUCAGAGACUUCUGGAGAUAGAGAAGGAAGCUGCUCAGAGAUACCAUUCCAAGAAUAAAAAUUGUGGGGAAAUGGGAAGAAAGGAGAGGGAUGUGGAUGAGGAGAGCGUGCUUUCAGACAGUAGCUCCUUCUACAAUUUCUGCCAAAAGAACAAAGACAAGUUGACUCCUCUAGAAAGGUGGAAGGUCAAGAGGAUCCAGUUUGGCUUUCACAAGAAGGAUUUAGAACCAUCAUCAUCAGCUGCACCAUCUCCAGCAGAAGAUGGCAACCAGGCAGGUGAGGAGGGAGCAGAAGGGAAGAGUUUGUCAGAUAUUGACCUGACUGCUUACCAGGCUUGGAAAAUGAAGCGGCAGAAGAAGGUGGGCAGUGAAAGCAGCAAGGAGGAAUUUGUGGAAUUUGCCAAAACUGAGGAUUCUGCUUCAGCUAAAAAGAGGCAGAGGCGUGUAGAGCUCCUCGAACGUUCAAAGAAAAUAUUAGAGGAAAGCCAGUCCAUGUGCAGCUGGGAGACAGACAGCACGAUGAGUGGGAGUAUCCCCCUGUCGGCUUUCUGGCCCUCGGCGCCUUCUGCAGAUGGUGCCGAGGAUGCAGCUUCUGCCCUCAGCAUGCAGACAAAUCAUUCUUCUCUGUCGCGGACCAGGAGCAGCACGGGAGCAAUGCAGCCUCAGAUGCCGAGUGUACCCCUUCCCAACCUCCCGGUUGGUCCGGGUGACACCAUAUCCAUGGCAAGCAUUCAGAACUGGAUCGCUAACGUGGUCAGCGAAACCAUCGCUCAGAAGCAAAACGAGAUCCUGAUGCUGUCCCGUCCGUCGUCCGCGAUGGCCUCCCUGUCAGGAGACCUGGGCAGGCGAGGAGAUGAUGACAGGGUUUCUCUGCUCAGUGCUCAGAGCGGCUCAUCUGUGGCUGCCUCUCAGCUGCGCCAGCAGGAGCUGCGCCGGGCCGAGUCUCAGUCUGUCCUGUCCUGCAACACCUCCGUGAGCGCAAGGACAGAAGGGACUGCUUCAAACAUGAAGACAACACAAACAAGCAAGCCACUGUACAGCCUCUUUGCUGAUGAUGUUGACCUCAAGAAACUCAGGAGGAAGGAGAAGGAGAUGCAAAUGGAAAUGAGAGAAAAAAUGUCAGAUUAUCAAAUUGAAAAGGUGAUCAGAGACAAUAAACGCAGCACUUUAUUUAAGAAAAAGGUGACCAAAGGAGAGGAAAAUGAAAGGGAAAAUGGCAUAGAGAGUACAACAAACAGCCAUGGGCGUCCCUUGCAAGCAGAUUUUGACAGAACUGGUACAGUCUUCGAUCUGUCCGGUCAGCCUGCAAACUCAGGUGCACCAGAGUCAGAAAUAGAGACUGAUAUUAGCAAGUGGCUCAAUGGCCUGAAAGCAGAGAGAGAACCACCGUCUUAUUAUGAACAAACUGAGAAAGCUAGAGAGAAAUAUAGCAGAUCAUCCAAAGUUAGACAGAUGGAUUCUGAGACAUCCAGUUACAGAUUCUGCAGGUCCCAAAGAGAAGAGGUAGACAGCUGUUCUUCCUAUGAGUCGAAAGGAGAUUCACUGAGAACCACGUCAAGAUUUUCCUCUGCUUCUGCGAAAGAGGACAAAAAGAUGUUCAAGUUCACAAGGUCGAGGGUCAGUGAGACAAGUUCCAGAGAAAACAGCCCAGAGCUGCAUGUUUUCAGCCGAUCUCCUGAGCCGCCCUUUGACUCUGAAUCCCCUGAACCGUCUACACAGAGCCGAGUCAGAUCCCAUCAUGUGGAGGCGUGUGAAGAGGAGGCCAGGUCAGACGUGUCAGAAUUUGGGGCAAAGAGAAAGUUCACCCAGAGCUUUUCGAAGUCCGAAGAGGAUGGAAAGAAGGAGGCAAAAGUGGAGCAAAGUGAAGAAAGGUUUGCAUCUAGACAGCGCUCUCAGUACAGGCGAAGCACACGUAAAGAGGAGGAAGAAGAGAUGGAUGAUGAUGCCAUUAUUGCUGCUUGGAGAAGCCGACUGGAAGAAACUACAGCAAAGCUCCAGCGGAGAAGGGAAGAGUGACCAAGAUCAGACUACAGGAGCACAAGCAGAGCCAGAGUCCCUGAAUCACUCACUCAUCAUUAUAUUUUUGAUAAUCCUUUGUGGUUUGUAGGGCAUUUCCUGCAGAUAGUUCUCUUCUUAAUCAAAAGCGAUGAAGGGAAGAGGUCAAGUUCUGCAAGUGUUUGUGGCUUGUCAGAAAGAAGAUGCUAGAAUUAAAUGAUCAAUGUAGGUAGGAACACAAUGUUAGAAGCCAUUAGGAGCCAGACAAUGUUUCAGCAGCAAAAGCAAGUAACGGUGGCACCUCAAGUCAAAAGACCAAUCACAUCCCGUUUUGGUUAUUUCAAUUUCCUAGUGUUGUUAAAAACUGGACAUAUUUUUUUCUCGGAUCUUUUUGAUCAUAAGUGGAAGAAGCCAACAGCCUUUUCUAGGAACUUGAAGAAUGUUUCUCUCUUAAUCAGCUUUACUUUAUACCACUGAGAAGAUAUUACCAGGUAGGCUCCAUUUUCUGCACCAGCCUUAUGAAUGUCUACAGAAAUAAGACAUUUCGGGGAAAUACAUGUUCUGUUUUACUUUGCUAAGUAGCAGGAGCAAAGUAAAAUACUAGGAAAAAGAAGAUGCCUCCUUUUUAGAAGUUCAAUGCAGUAAUGAAUGUAUUCCUGUGGUACCAUUUUUUCUAUUUUCUAUUAGAUAGAGUCAUCUCUGCUCCAUUAUGGUUGGUUCCUGCUAAUAACUUUGGGUCAACAAAGGACAAAUGCAGCAAUAUUAACAGCCAUCUGAAAAUCAUGUUUUGAUGUAGUUAAAGGGAUGGGGUUGGGGCUAGGAUUAGUGUUAGGUUAGGCUGGGUUUCUCAGUACUGACUUCACUUUGGUUUAUGUAUGCAGCUCAGCUAAGUCUGUGCUUUCGUGUUCGUAGUCAGAUUGUCAUGUAUUAAUUUUCAGCAUGAUUGCCUUAAAAGAGAAGAGUGGUACACAAACUGACCUCGAAAUAAAAUUGUAUAUAACUGGAGCAUGGGUAUAAGGCAGCAUGCACCAGCUGUGUGUCUGUGCAGGGGGUAGCUCGAUUUAAGGGGUGGUAGGUCUGGCUGGCACGUUCAGUAUAUAUAUAUAUAACGUGUAUCCUGAGCCACAGGGUACACUUUUCAGAGGGAGAGGAGGAAGUGCAGUCUCCACAUUAACUGAGUGCACCAGGUUAGGAGCCUGAGGUCCUUCCAUGCCCUGCAGAGCCUGGUGAGCUUGUGUGAUCCACCGGACCUGCCACAACAUCCCUGUGUGGCUUGUGUGACAACGUGUCUUUGACGCACCAAAGCACCCAACUCUCUGUCACCAGUCAACGUCCUCCACCUCUCUCUUGUAAACACAUAGGCCAGUUUCUACUGACUUUGACUCUGGAAUUAUCUGUUCCCUCCUCUGUACAGACUGUAUUUUGAAACAACAAAGCCCUCUGGCAGAGCUGAAUAUAAAACGACAAUGGAGGGAUGAUGCAGUAGUGCUCUCUCACAGGAAGUUUUUCUUUUUCUUGUAAUCUCCUCUCCCUCCCACUGUGAUGCUUAGAGCUCACUAUUACUAUUAUGCUAGUCCCUCUCCCUAUUUUAAUUGUGUAAUACAGACAGCAAGCUCCACAGGGCAAGGGCCUGCUCUUUGUCCCUGUCUGUGUGACGCUGCCGCACAUCAGCAACGCUAUCUAAAUAAUGGUUACUGAUAACAAAAUGCAGCUGGCAAUCUUCCUAAACUUAGAAUCAUUUCUCUCAACUAUAACUCACUGAUUAGACAUUAUCCCUGCUUCUCUGAAGAUAAAGAUGAUUCUUUCUGACAGCCAGGACUGGGGUAAAUGAUAGCUACUUAUUGUCAGGUAAAUGGAGCCUCAGAAUCAGGUGAUUGAACAGUAACAGUUGUAGAAAAAUAAGAGAAAGAACACGUUUUAGUUGUGUGGGUUGCUUUCUUGGUUUUGGUUUUUAUGUUUUUUUUAGUAAACUCAGAUUACAUUUUGAAGUGCAUAAGAGGCAUGGUCUUGUUAAUGUUUCAGGCACGCAGAGAUGCUCUGAGGUUUAUAAUGCGCUUCUACUACAAUAUAAUAUGUAAUACAAUGCAUCCCUUGUUUCUGCAUACCUCUGUGAGUUGUUAUUUUUUAAAGUAGUGGAAUUCCAGGCCUUGAUCCACACUCUGAGAUUUUAUAUUACAUUUCUGGAAUCUGUGUUAGGAUAGGCGCUUUCCUCUUCAUCCCUGCUAAAGUUGCUCUGUGGAAAUCAGCCCUGCAUAGAUGUAUUUGGAGCUUGCUUUCAUUUCAGUCUAGAAAAGGUCUUAAAUUUCGAUGGAUCAAAGUGGAAGUGUGCCUUCAGUACCUUCUGGCACUGAAUUUACUUUUUUAUCAAAGGCUGAUUCCCUCUGAAAAAUCCCUCUCCCUGUUCCUGUGCCUGGCUGUUCCCAGCAGACAAGCCUGUCCUCUGCAGUACUGUAGGGGGCAUCUCGCGCUGUAAAAGAGGAGCAGUGGAUGAUGUGGUAAUUGGUUUCAUUUUGCACUGUACAGCACGGCCUUUGUUUGGGCAGCAUUUUGAUUUAAACACUAAUCUAGGUCUGCUGCACAGAUAAAUUAUUCAAGACCGAGGGGCAGAAUAUGGUUCUAUAACAAGUCUGAGCCACACCGUCCUGAUAGCGAGUUUUGACCCUUGUGAGAAAGGGUUAAGUGGGUUCUGCUGACUCAUUGAGGUAGGUGGCUUAUUAGUUCACUUGUGUAAAAGGGAGAUAAAAAUGGUUUGCUGGGGAGAGGCCAUCUAAGAUGCUGGCUGAGCAGCCAUGAGGGAGAAGCCUUAGAAAUAGCUGAACUUUAUUUUCUUAUUGCUUAUAUCCUUGUUAAUAAAGCCAAACCCCCAAAGCAAUAAGGGGGUGGGGAUCAUUUUGGACUCCAUGCAGUAUACGGCCAGUGCUUGAAAGCAAGAUGGGAAAGGCUCCAGCUCACAGGUAUAAAUUACAUGAAACACUGACAUAAAGACCUUGCAUGGUGAAAAUAUUAAAGCAUUCAGUCAUAAGACCAAUAACCAGGAGAGACAGAAAUGGAGAGGUUGAAGGCAGGCUAGAAAGUCAGGUUUUAAGAUGAGAAUUUAGAAGGAGAUAAGGAAUUGCAGAAAGGGGAGAGGUCUGCACAGAUUGUUUCAGGUGACCAGAGCUGCAGAGUGAAUGCUUUUUCAGCAAUGACACCAGUCUGACACUAGACUAAAAGAGUAAAUAAGUACCCAAAUUCAUCUAGGAGGGAUUUUUCAGCAAAGAUGCGCUGGGACUGAUAUUUUUGCUCAGACUCAAUUUGCUGCUGUAGGAAGGAGGGCGUUUUUUUGGCAUUGUAUAGUGGAAGGUGAAAGUGCAAGGAGCAUCCAUACGGUCAGUUAAGAAUAUAAACACAGGAACAUCAGAAAGGCUGUAUGGGGUCAGACCAGAGGUCCACCUGGCUCAAUAUCCUGUCUCUGGCAGAGAACAACAGUGAAUACCUAGGGAAGAAUAUAAGAGCAGUGAUAUAAGUGAUAUUUCCCCAGCAUGGUCUUCCAGCUUCUAAUAAUUUGCAACUCAAGGACUUCCUGAGCCAGGUGUGAUAUUCUUGUAUUUAAUAGCCCUUAAUAGAUUUUCCUUGUAUGGAGGUGCCUAGUAAUUUUUGAGUUAUAGCCAUAAUAGCCUUGUACCCACUAACCUCUGUAAUCUCCUGUCGCAAGAAGUCCCACAAGUUACUCUACAUGGAAUGCUAAGCCAUCUCCUUUUUUUCUGUUCUGAACCCUCUGCCCACUAGCCUUUAAUGCCAAUAUAGUAUCUGUUUAGUAUCUCCAUGUGCCAUGAGAUUUUACCCCCUCUCUGUCAUUAAAUCCCAUCCUUAGCUCUCUGGUUCUCAGCCAGAGUUACUCAUUCCUCAUACAGGGGCUGCUCCAUGGUCUCUCAUUAUCCUGGCCAUUCUUCUCCAAACCCUUUCUAGUUCUUCUUUGUCAUGCUUGAGAUGAGGGACCAAAUCCUCACGCAGUAUCCAGGGUGCAGGUGUGGGAGGGAUUAAUCCUAGGGCAUAAUGACCUUCUUUUUUCUGUUCUCUGUUCCUUCCCUAUUAACUCCUAACAGUUUGCAUGUUUCUUUGGCUGUUGCUGGGCACCACAGUGAUAUUUUCAUAGAACUAUUUAUUAUAUACACAAAAUCUUAUUGUUGGAUGGCAAUGGUCAGCUCCAAGAUCAUCAUUUUUUGUGUCAGGUUUUCUUACAUGUAAUGCUUUACAUUUAUUAGCCCUGAAUUUCAUCUGCCAUCUUAGUGCUCAGUCUCUCAGUCUCAUUAAGUCCUUCUGCGUUUUCCCACAGCCACCCUCUUAUUUCCACUACUCUGUUUCCCUAAUGUCCUUUGAGUGGUGUAGAAACUCAGAGGAUAUGGGAAGCAAAGAAGUUAAGGAGGGAUAGAUGAGAGAGAAACCCAUUUGAUGCUGGUCUGCUUGAAGUAAGAAAUAAGAAAGUGAUGAAAGCUGGAGAGCAAGGAGAUAAAUGUUCAAAAAGAGAUCUGAAGACAAUAGGCAAAUUGAGAAGGGGACCCACACUGGAUGGAGACAGGAAGAUGUAAGCCAGAAAGGCUAAAGCAAAAUAUUAAUUUGUUUAGAUGUAUAAAAAUCCAGGGAAAGGUUAUGAGGCAAUCUCUGUGGGAAGGAUGGAGAUUUAAAGAUUUCUCACAGGUCUGUGAGAAAUGCGAAGAGGAUUGGGAGAAAUGGCAAGGGUGAGAGACAUCAGUGGGACACAGAUGAUAAAAUGACAUCUGGGCUGGAUUGGGACUUCAGUGUAGCAGGAGCAAGUUUGGCAGGAAGCGGAAAUGUGCCAGAAACACGUUAUUCCUCCUGGAACAGCCGCAUCCUGCGUCCUGAUACUGAGAGGUGUGGGGCCAUGGCCCAUUUCCCCCAUCCAGGAAUUUCAGGGCAAUGUGAUUUAUUGCGUGCAGCACCAGCUUAGACUGGAUAAUUUGAAAAGGAGUUUAGCACCAUUUCCUUCCUUUACAGCUCCUUGAGAAAUGGGUACACGUUAGCUGUGGUGGAGAGCCGGGUGAAUGGUGAGACAAAAAGUUUUAUUUGGGGCUGCUUAUGUUGCAUUGCCUGCCCUUCCUUAAAGGGUUUAGCUGGGGUAUAUUCAAUAUGGACAUUGUAAUGUGAAAACACAAUAUCCAUGACCUCCCUAAAUUUAUAGACAAUCCAACAGAGAUACUGAAAGCAUGUGAUUAGUGUAGUUGAGGGCUUGGAAACAGACACUGUGUGCUCAUGUACUCCAGCAAAAUAUCUUUGAGUGCUACCUACCUGUUCUCUGGAAUUUCACUUGUCAUUUAGAAAAAUGAAAGUGGGUCAAAUCUCUCUCUGUUCUAAUUGUGAAGAAAACUUCCAAAAUGGGAACUAUGUAUAACAAAUAAACAGUUCUCUGGAGAGGUGGGAGCGUAGCUCUAAAAGGUGUGUGAAUUGCCCCAGUCAUCUCAGCAAGGUGCUGACUUAUUUGCCCAGGAGUAGUAAUUUAAAUGCCAAUAAUAUUUGUUACGUUGUUCUUCAUGUAAAAAAUUGAGAAAGAUUCAAAGUACAUGUACUUAGGUUGUGAAUUGCCAAUACCAGCAGAAGCUACUUGAACAAUCACCUGUAUCUUUUUGGCUAUCCCUAGGAACAGAAAUCUUUUGGACAUGAAAGCACUGAAGAAUCUUAUCUCUUUUUUCGUUCUUUGUUACAUUUCAACAUAUUCAGGAGGUGAUUUCAUGUUGCUUCCAUCUACCUAUCUGUCUGUCUGUCUAUCUAUCCCCAUUACAACCUCUCAGUGGCUUCUGAGCUUGGUGUGUUCCUGUGACUGCUGUUCCCCUGCCACAGGGUGCACACACAGACACACACACACAUAAACAGACAUAAAAGAAAAACAUUGCUUGUGACUUAUAAAAGCAGGCAACAACAUGAAUUCAGUUCUUCCCAGGACUAUCCAGGUGUGGCGAUGUGAAAACUGUCUUAGAGAGCAGGAGAAGGGACAUCCUGUCUGUGCUUUGAACCUUCCCCUCUGGAUUGCAUUUCAUUUUUAUUUGCAUGUAUCUUUAAAACAGACAAACUUGAUCCUUUCACAAGAGCCUCCAUAUCUUGAUUCAUACCUGCAGGCAGACUGGUUUUCUUUUAAUUAAGAUAUGUAUUCCUUGGAAGACACAAAUGAGUGUAAUGGAAAACUAGCUUCAUUUUUAACUAGGAAGAGAACAAUGUCUCUACAUAAUCAAUCAAUCAAUCAAUCAAUCAAUCUCUUAUUUUUUUCCAGUGCCAACAUGCCUGAAUGCUUUAUGGUCAUUAAAUUAAAUCAAAGAACACACCACAGAAUGGACAAGGCCAGAUCAAUAAAUCUUAAAACUGAUUCAAACUUACCAAGGACUCUGCACAAGUAACCAUGAAAGGAAGGAUGACUCCAGUCAGAAGGGCAUUUGUGUGGGCAUAAACUGAAGCAAGACAUAGGUGAUACUAAUUAGAAGACAGAAACAUUUAAAGGAGCUGGUCAUUUUUAUAGCAUCACCCAACUACCAACAGCAUCGACCUGCAGCCCAAUGUCUUAAGGGUAUUUUUGGACUUCUGAGUGAUACACGAAAAUAACCAUGGUGGCAAGAACUUUUUGCAGCUGGCUAGAAAGCUGUACAGCUCCAGGUCACAUCCUGCCACGAACGUGCCUAAUUUUAGAGAUUUGCCUAUUUGUGACUUCCCCAUUUGAUUAUUGCAGGGCACCAUAUUAAAGAAGGAUGCAGUGCCCACCAGCUGGCAUGAACCAUUGUGUGACUGUUCCGUCUUCACGGACCAUCCCAGCAAUUUGAUCUUUGCAAUGGCUCCAUACUGAACUUGGAUCCAGUUGAAAGCCAUCCAUUAGUUUGGCAGAACAUUUCUUCCUCCUUGCUGGAGAGGAGAGCUUUAUGAAACUGCAAUAGCCUUUAUGAAACUGCCAAUUAAUGGGGAGCUUUGUACAUUUGGCUCACAGAAAUAUCCCAGCAGCUAUCAUAACCUAUAAAGGUUCAUUCCCAAAGCGCAUAAAAAAUGACCACAGGCCUAACUACAGUCAAAACUAAAUGCAAACCCCAGUUCUUCAACUUAAACUUCCCUCCCUCAAUAAUUUUGCGAGGCAUGUGCUCCUUAGUCUGUGAAUUGCAUCAAAAGUAUUGCCUAGAGGCAGAGGGUCAGAGGAGAUUCCACAUAUGAAAAACAGGAGGCCCUCAAAAGGGUGCAACCUCAGUUGCUGAACAGACACCACAAAUAGGAUGGAUAAAAGCCCACAUGAGACUGGUAUAUGAGCAAGCAGAAGCUGACAGUUGCCCCUCAGGAAUACAGUAUAAAGCUUUCAGUUCUGCAGGAGACGUGAUCUGAAAGUUUGCUUCCUGGGAGCAAUCACACCUGAACUGUUGCGUGGUGCUGCGGUUGCAUAAUUUAAUAGUUGUCAUGUUUCAUCCCAAGGUGAGUGUUGGUGGUGGUAGUGUACAUAAAAAAUUUGUACGUCAUUAGGGAUAAAAGGGUCCAUGCAAGAAGAGGUCAGACAUUAUCCUCAUGACCAGCAGAAGAGGUCCAUAUUAAAACAAAGGAGGUGUUUGAUUUUCUUUUGAAUGUGGGCAGAUGAUUCAGACCCAUGUGCCCUUCAUAUGCUCUGUCUCUCCCCUUCCCAUCUCCUUCCUUUUGAAACAGAUUUAAGUCCAUCUACUUUUAUAUUUUCAAACAAAACCCAUAAAAGGGCCAUAAAUAUCAUGACUCGCUAAAAUGAAAGCUGUUUUCUUCUUCUCCCAGGAGACUCCUGCCUGAGAGAGAGACAGAAAGAGUUCACCCCUUUGAAAAUUUCCUCCUCUGUCGAAGUAAAGCUCGUAUCUAAAAGCAGCCUUCAAGGCUUUGUUCUUAUCAUCUUGACCUGGCUUUGUACUGGCUUCUCUCUGUAUUGCUUGUGGAAGUGUGAAGGACGGGGCUAGGGGAAGGAGUUUUGGCUAUCACUGGCAGAGCAAGGGUCAUGCUUGGAAAGGGAUUUCAUUGUGGUUUCAGAAAGUGUUAUAAACUCAGCACACUGGCAAAAAGAAUGAAGAAACUCAUUCCCCUCCUGGAUCAGACCAGUGAUCCACCCCUUCUGUCUCUGAUGUUGGCCAGAACCAGAUGCAUCUCAGAAGGUAUAAAGGAAGUUUAAGUGGGUAAUUAUGGAAUAACCUGCCCUGAGUAAAAUUUUCUCCCCUCCUGGCCCAAAGCCCUCCUUCAUCUCUCUCCUUGGUUAGAGUUCAACUCUAUGCCCUGAAGCAUGACGGCUUCUCUCCCUUCCAAACCGCUUUUCAUCCUGGCCUGUCUCAUGUAACUGCCUGUGACAGUGAUGGGAUGUAUAGGUCUUGUCCAUUGAGAGUCUGUGACAGAUCACAGCCUUAUUGGAAAGAGAGGCAGAGAGGCCGAAGAGAAGGUGAGGGAGGAGAGCAUAAACUCAGAUGAAAUAUCCAUCAGGAAGAUGGAAAGAAGAGUGAAUGCCUGGGAAACUAAUUGCUGCCUGCUGAUCUGGGCUGUGGAGAUAGCUUGCAAGUGAGCAUUUUUGCUUUUCAGAGAUUUCAGCCUGGAGCACACCAGGAAAGUCAACUCUUUGGGUUGAAAAUACUGUUCAUCAAUACUUCCCCUUAUAUUUUUUUUAAAGUUGUAGAAGUAUAAGAGUAGUCCUGAGAAAACUAUUCUAUUAUAUACUGAGGGAGCUUUUUCUUCCACUGAAGUUCACUACGCAUUUCUGAGCAGGUAUUGGUGUAAUUUGGGCCUACUAGACAUUGAACACCGAUGAAAAUCAGGCUGUUUUUCUGCUACCCAAAAAGGGUUUAGGAACCCAAAGUCAGAUAUUCCUGUCUAGGUCCCUGUCCAGGUCUUACAGAGAUGGCUGCUCAUACUCCCGAGUUGAGCACAGAGCGUAUCCAAAAGUGUUUGUGGAGGUUACAGCUUUUGUGGGUUGGUUUGGUCAUUGCACAGGCCAUCAGCAUUUGUGGGGCACAGUGCCAGAUGCCCCAAGGUGAGGGUUAGAAUUAUCCGACACACUGAGACUUUUUAGACAUUGUCAGCAUUUUCUCUGGUGCCUUUACCACUGAAAGCAUUAACAAAGUUCCAGGGAAUGCUUAGUGUACUUUGUAGAUGGAUGCUUCCAGUAAUACACAGGUUGAACAGCAGCUUUUAUUUAUCCAGGAGCUCAACAAUUCCUAGGGAGAGGGAAAGAAGAGCUAGGUGUUUGAUCAUAUCCAGGCCUCAAUGAUCAUUAAUUUCACUCCCACAGUAUCCACAGUUUCCCAUAUUCCUUUCCCUCAAAAGUGUGGCAAAGUGAUCUGGAGUUUUCCAAGUGAUGGGUGUUGAAAUCUCACCCCAUCUCCUGGAUACCACACUGAGGUGUUCAGAGCAUCCUGCUGGUGUUGGCUGAGCACAGGAGAUUGUUCAUUAAGAAAAAUGACUGUAUCAUUUAUACUGAGAACAGCUGCAGUGAGCAGCUCAGUGCCAGUGUUCAAGGCUCUGUAAUCUCCUGUUAGUUGCCACUUGCCAUUAGAUUUUUUUACUGGCCAUAAAGGAGAAUUGUAGGGGAAAUGAGACGUGACGAUGAUUCGCUGUUCUUCCAGCUCCUUUAUCAAUUCAGUAACAGGACAAAUUGCUCCAGAAGGUAAUGGGUAUUGUGGAAUAUUAACUAUCUUGCUAUGGGGUAAAGGAGCAGCUGUUUGCAACAGAUUAGCAGUCAGAGAUGCAUUUGUAGGAUGUAAACUCUGGGGCAGAAAGGGUGAUGUCCCUAUUUCCCAUGUUCCCCACGACUGACCCUUCAAUACAUCCAUACCCAAUAUAUUAAGGGCACUUAAAAGUAAGGUCAGGUGGAUUGUCUGUCCCUCAGACAGAAUUAGUUUAGCCCUGACCAGUGGGUGGUUAGUGGAUUUCCCAUUAACUCCUGCAAUAGAGACUAACUGCUUGCUGCCCUUUGUAAGUGUCCUUACCUCCCAUCGAUAUCCAGGCUCCCGCGUCAAUGAGGAAUGUUCUAAAGUAGGAAUGGAUCAUUAACUGUGACCAGGAUCCUCAGCAGUGGGAGUAGCACCCACCCUGGUUUCCUGCACAUCUGCAGUCUAGGUUUAGUGAUGAUAGUUUGGGUAUAUCCCUGAGCUCGCAGCCCUUGCAUGCUCUGCCUCUCUAGUUAUUAUCCUUUCAAACCAUACGGUGUCAUCCCAUCUCCAAACACAGGUCCCAGAGGGUUAUCAUGAGAAGUAAAUGAGGAAAACCUGUCCAGCUGCCACAACAGGGAAGUUGGCAGCUCAGAGACAGCUGCUUCUCUAAACACAUUUUCCAUUGUCUUUUACGCUCAGUACUAACUGAUGGUGUUCCUCAACUUACCCUUUUGCUCUUCUGCAUUUACUUUAGCUGAGGUUAUCCCUUGGUUUUUAUCCUCUGGGAUUUACAGUGGUAAAUCUGCUAGCCCACACUGAAGGACCUCUUGGAAACUAAUACCAUUUAAGCCUGUCUUAAUGGCUAACACUAAAGACUUCUACACCACAUCAGCUCCCAUUAUCAUGGGUCAGAAGUGUACAGGCUCCCAAAUCACCUCCCAGGGAUGCAGUUCUGCUGGAAAGGGUUGUCCAGCCCCUGGAGUAAGGUGUGCUGGUCCUUCUAAUUCAGCUGAAAUCACAGGUUGCAGCAGGGCACUCUGCAGACUGGCUGCCAAGCCCUGGGAACACACAUUUUUCCUGCCAUGGGCAGUGCACAAAGUGCAAGUCCAUGAGGGACUGGUAAUAUUUGGCCCCGUGGUAUCCAACAUUAUUCCUGGGCCUAAUGCCAAUGAUCAAGCCUCAGCUGGGGCAAGGUGAAGCUCAUUGGCUCUGGCUAUCCAAAUCCAUGGUAGCCCAUUCACAGGUGUUUUCCCUGGUUUAGCUCGAUAUCUCUCCCCCAGACCUCUGAACUCGAGGGCAGUAAACCCUGCCAUGGUUCCUGUGGAGGGAGGUGAGUUUUGUGCCCCUGUGGGAGUGCUGUGUUCAGUUUUGGUUAGUGCUGCUGAGAGCAGGGGGCAGGGAAUCAUCAUCACCUGGCUUUGAGGGGAGGGGUGCAGGUCUGCUUGUUUCCAGAUAUCCCUCUCCCAGUCAGCACUGCACUUGGCACAAUAGUCCUUAACUGGGUCUCCUGCAGUAGCUUCCAACAGCCUCCUCCUGCACUCCUCAGCUUCAGCAAUUGUCUGGGGCUGAAGCUGGACUCAGGUGGUCUGUUUUGCAUUUCUAACUGCUUACACUUCCUAAGUAUUCUUUCCAUUUUCCUUUUCUUGUUUUCCCUUUUCAGUUGUACAUUUUCCCCUUUCAACUCAUCAGUCACAUCCACUGCUGCCCUCUGACAACUGCCUAGUAGCCAGCACGUUGCACUUUCCCCUUCUCCCUUCUUUACCUUACAAGAAAACUGCCAUCUGGCAAACUCCUACCGAAUACCAUCAGCAUCCGUGCAGCGGCUCUUGACCGCAGGACAAAUCCCGCUUGGGAUUUUGCCACUCCUCUUUCUCAAAGUCUUCUCCCAGUUGUUGCCACUCAGUGUCUGGUUUUUCAUGGCAAAGACAAACAGACCCACAGUGUCUUUACACUCACACCAAACCAGCUGCUUUGGCAGGCACAGCAAAGCACCUUGUGCUUGCCAGCAGAGCAUGUCUAGGGGAGAUCCCACUUGUGACACCAAUAAAAUGUCACAGUCUGUUUGGAUGUCUCAGUUUUACAGGGAACCACCAGACAAAAGGUGAGAGCUGCAGGAGGCAGCACUUUGCAGGUGACCAUGGCUGCAUCAAGGCCCUUUAGCUCUUCCUGGCCACCUCUCCUGCCUACUGGUGCUCUGGCUUUGACCUGAUGACACUGCUCCCAGCACACAUCAGGCCUUACCAUGAGCUGGGUUAGCCAAAACCUAAGCAGGAGUUGAGUGAACAGUCACAGAAAGGCCAGGGUCUCAGGCAAACAAAAUAAAAAAAAUUAAUAAUAAUUAAAAAGCUGUUACUAUUUAUCAGGGAAUGCAGUGAUAGAAGUUGGGGUAACCAUUUUAAAAUGAAAGAGGGUAGAUUUACUUCAGGUAUUAGGAAGGAAUUCUUUGCUGUGAGGGUGGUGAGGCACUGGAACAGGUUGCCCAGAGAGGUUGUGGAUUCCCCACCACUGGCAGUGUUCAAGGUCAGGCUGGAUGGGGCUCUGAGCAACAUGGUCUAGUGGAAGGUGUCCCUGCCCAUGGCAGGGGGUUUGAAACUAGAUGGUGUUUAUGGUCCUUUUCAACUCAAACCGUUCUAUGAUUCUAUGACAACUGUUUUCCUCUAAUCCAAUUACACAGUGCCACUGCCUCAUAUGUGUGGGGUGAAAAGAAUAUUAUUUCACUGAACUGACCUUGUACAUGUGUCUACAGCUUUGUCCCAUGAUGGUUACACACUAAAAUAAUACCUCAUCUAUGUGGCAAAUCUCUCUUCUGUCCACAAUUAAGUCCACUUUAUAAUUCCAUUUUUUUGGCCAUGUUUACAACAAUAUAGCUAUUGCAAGCGUGUAGAAAAUGUAAAUAACUUGCCUCUUAUUUUUCCCAGUCACCUUUCUCCUUGUCUCUCCUUCAGUUAUGAAUGCCUUGGAGAACAGAUCAUACUUGCUUAGUGCCUGAAAAUUCCUUAGCUUUUAGGGGGAGCUACAGUAAAUAAUAAAAAAAUUAUGCUGAAUUCUGUUUUCGCUGAAACUAAAAAAGAAAGCCAUGUUAUAACCUGAUUAGGUGUGAUUAUACUGUAAAUAGGCCAUAAACAGUCAAAGGGAAAAUAACCCACAAUAUUCACAUCAUUGAGAGACUGAGGGGGUAAUCGCUGUUCCUCCCUGCUGUUCAAAAUAUUUUCCAAGUGUCCCCAAAACUGCAUUGGCAGCAGAAUGUGGCCCAGUUCAAGGGCUUUAAUGCUCCUGCUAAGUAGAAAUGAUUUUUCUCCUCGAAAUUUUCAGUGAAAUAGUCUGUAUUUUGCAAAAAAAAAAAAAAAAAUCAUAGCUAUUCACUGCAAAAGCACUAAGGAAAAGGCAGAGACCAUCAGAAAUCUUUCUGACAAGUCAGUUUCGUGUUUUAAAAGAGAUUUGUCCAAUUUAAGAAAAAGUACAAAUGUUGAAUUUCAGAAAUAGGCGCGUUCUAUCUUAAGAUGCCAAAGAAUUUCAGUGUUGCUUGCUGAAGCUAAUAGGGAGCAUAACCUCCACUUUAUGCGUGAGGAAACAAGAAGAGAAAUUUACCUUCAGCUCAUUUUUCCCCUUUUCCCCAAGAAUUGUUACAGUUCCCGUGCCACACAGAGAACUGGCAUUUUAAACUGGUGCUGUAGCUUACCUUUAAGACCACAAACCUUCCUCACAAGCAGCAUGGCUACCUCUGCCUGUCGCAGAGCUACGGAAGAGCAGGGAGAUGCAGGGAGAUGCUGUGCUUUUCCUGCCCUUUGCAGUGAGAAUCUUUUUCAUCUUAUAUCCAUGCUCACUCCACACUUUCAGAUAUUUCCCCUUCAUGACCUAUUAGUUCUCAGCAUCUUUUUGGGCUCAGUGAUAGCUAAGGAUAUAGUUGUUUACUAUUAUUCCAUUAAUAUCCAGAGGCCUUACCCAGCAUCAGGACCCCACUGCAGUGUGUCCUGCUUGCAGCACAAUUCUGGAUGUUCUCACCCUAAAAGACUUGCAAGUUAAAUGAAUGAAACAGACCCAGGCUGGGAGAAAGAGUUUGCAUCUGUCAGUGUGUUUGAGACCCAGAAACCGAGCCCAGCAUCGUACGUGGGUACUGCAGCAGCAGAAGUCUGUGGAAAAUUUCAAAAUAUAGGGCUAAAUUCAUCUUGCUAACAAAGUCGUUCUCCAUGAGCAAUCACUCAGCUCUCUGUGGCACAAUUAAACACUCACUGGCCUCCAGAGAGCACAGGCACGACUCUCUAAACUGGUGAUUAAGGCGUUUGCCUGUGAGGGGCAGACAUACCUUUCAGGCCUUUUUCCAGAGAGUGUGCAAUGUGAAAGAGUUAAGUGUUCAUCGGUGCAGGCUUUUCCCCUCCCAAGUCAUGGCUCCUGGCUGUUCACCUGCAAAGGUGUGCCGUGCCUUUCUGGCCCAAAGAAUACUCAAAUAACCAAUUCAAAAGGAAAUAGUUGAUUUGGGACUCUUUAACAGAAUAAUCCACAGCACAGGGAAAGAGCCUGACACUUCCCUGGACUUAGAUUCAGGUUCUCUCCGUGAGUUAAAGCACUGUCUUCUGAACAUUGAGUUACUGAGCUGAAAAAGGGCACUCUCUGAUUUUUGUCACCUGCUGCUUAUGGGCUCUGUCUUGUCCGUGGAUAAGGUUGGUGUAAGAACCGAAGGUAACUUAGGUCUGUCAGCAUAAGCUGGGGAGAAAUUCUUCAUUGCAGUUUCAUGUUUAUCCAUUAUAAUCCAGUGUAAUUGCAGACUGUCCCUAAAAUAUGCUGCACUGAAUUUUGUAGGGCUUCCAUCAUCUUUUGGAUCUGGGUCACGCUGAUGGUACAGGUGGCUUCAAACAUAAAUACAGGCCAUCGCAUGGAUGGGACGUACAUUCCUGGCAAAACCGGCAGCUUUACUUAUGUUUUUCUGUGUGAGAAAUGAUUCAGAAACAAUCAGAUUGGUUCUGGCUCGGUGUGGCAGAUUGCACUCGAGCACGCGGCAGCCUCCCGGCCAGCGGGGAGCUGGGCUAAAUCACCCACUGGAAGUAGGAGCCUGCUUUAGCAUUUAGCACUUCCUUAGCAUUUAACAGCAAAACCCAGCAGAACCACGGCUUUUUUUUUUGCUUUGUCCUACUCCCUCUCCCAAGGCUCAAAAGAUUGCAAAUGCCUCUGGAGUAUCAAAGCUUCAAAUCCAGUGUAGCCUGGCUAUUAUUCCCUUCAGCCGUGAGCAUGGCAGUUACGGGGAUGGGAUGAAUGCUCCCCAUCUGGAUCGUUUAAAAUCUGUGUUUAGUAUUAAUUCUGUGGCUUUUUAACCUGACUCUCAGUUUGGAAAGCAGGCAGCUGUCAACACAGGGCGAUGCAAUGCCCUGUGCUUCUGCUGGACUUGCACCUGCCCGUGGUAAGAGACCAUCUUGUAAGAUCAGUGUGCUUGCUGGAAUGGGAGGGCUAGUGUGGCUUUGGGUAAGAUUAGCUGCUGGGCAGAAGAACCUGCUCUGAGGGAAAGGUCUUGCCGAGAAUUAUGCAGGCAGUGACAGGAUUAUAAAGAUAUUGCAUGUGGCACAUUACAGUGGACACACUAAGAGUCUUCCUGUUCCCUUAUUCUAUCAUAUGGACUGAGUUACACGCUGUGAAAACCAUGUUCCUUGCACGAAGGAGCAGAAUAAAAUACUGUUUGGCUUAAAUCUGUUCCUGCUUGGGAAUGUCAAUUAAAUCUGUUCUCCUUCAAAUUUCUUUUGUUCUGCUGCUUUUAUCUUUGUGCAAAUUUGCCUUGGUGACUCCUCUGUUGUCAGCCUGGUCCUGACAGAUGAAAAUCAUGAACCCUUCUAACGUUACAAGCUGUAGGAACAUGCACUUGGCUGAGGGUAACGUGGAGUUACAGAGCCCCAACCAGAGUGCGCUGGUACGCUGGCUUCUCCUGCCCUCCUCUGUGCAAUUAUUUUGGGGAAAGUUCUGUAGGCCAGGGAAACUGUAUUCAUAACAUCCACUAUUUAAGCCUCUCACUCGGGCUCUUUCCUUGCAGCGAGAACUGACACACUGUCAAAGUUGACAGCGCUAUGCCAGUUUAUUGCACCAGAAGACCUGGCCUUUCCUUUCCUCCCAGCUCCUGAUCUCGGCUGCUCCCAUUAUGUGAACCCUGUCUCAGUCCUGCCCUUAAUAAAAUCUCCAUGCUCCAUAUGCUCCCUCAGCCUCCCUUUGAUUAGUGCUCCCAGAGUCUUCCUCGCUGCUGACGUCGGGGGCAUGCACAGCUCUGUAAUUUCCCGACAGCCCUUUUCAAACACUGGCUUUUAAUCAGGAGCUGUUUUACCAGCACUUCCUUCUCUCACGGCGCGCCUUUGAAGCGAGGCCGCCAACAGUGGUGGGGUUCCUUCCCCGCUGCCCUUUUUUGUUGUUUCCAUACAGGAUUCUAGGACAGAAUUUCAUAGCUUUUUAAAUGCUCUGAUUUUUUUUUUUUAAUUUUUUUUUUCUGUGCUGUGAUCCUAAUUUCCUUCAGGAUUUCUUCUUCAUCUCCUGGGAAAUUUGUCUCUAUUUCUGGCAUCUGUCCUUCCUAACCCUUCCCACGUUUCUCCCCUUCCAAAGACAGGGGAAAAGAAUCCAUUUAAUAUUUUUCUGUAGUAACGUCUAUCUCAUCUGUCAAUAAAUUACCCUUUGCCAUCUCUGGGAGACCCCUUUGUCUCCCUUCACUGACCUUAUUCUGUACCUUGCCUGUUUUUUUUUAAGGGAGGAUGCAAUAUCCCUGGGCUGUCAUUCCAUGAAGAACAGCUGUCAUUCCUCCCAUAGUGCAUGCGUAUGUGUUUGAGGAAGGAGGGGAAAGGGAGGGGGGAAUUAGGGGAGGACGGGGAUCUGCUAUUGGGAAAUAUGGUCCUAUUCACAGUGGUAAAUGUUUUUGCAUUCAUGAUAUUCAGCUGCAAGUCUGUCUUUUUCUUCCCGUGGUUUUAGACAUUCAUUUUCGGAUUAACGGAAAUCUUAACACUCAUCUAUCUGAAAUGUAACUACAAGAAUAUUUAUUAAACAUAUUUUUAAAACUUA